AUCCUCUUCCGCCCCGGCCCGGAAGGGUGAUGUGGCUGGACCAGCACCGGCCUCACUAUGUCUGCCAUUUUCAAUUUUCAGAGUCUAUUGACUGUAAUCUUGCUGCUUAUAUGUACGUGUGCUUAUGUGCGAUCCCUGGCACCCAGCAUCCUGGACAGAAAUAAAACUGGACUAUUGGGGAUAUUUUGGAAGUGUGCCCGAAUUGGUGAACGCAAGAGUCCUUAUGUCGCCAUAUGCUGUAUAGUGAUGGCCUUCAGCAUCCUCUUCAUACAGUAGCUUUGGAAACUACCAGCACGUGAUUGCCAUCAGACUGUACACAGGACGUGCCUCCAGAAAAUAACGGGAGAAUGGUUAAGCCUCUUGUCUCUGAACAUGGAAUGAGAUAAAUUUCGAGAUGCUGUUCUCUCUUUUUAUGCUAUUGGACCAAUGAGCUGUAUGAAUAAUUACGAUGUAACAGUUAAUACAUAGGAACGUGAUUGCAGCCAUCGACCUCGGUUCUCUCACUCCAGUAUUACACUCUACAAACGUCAUCCUGUUACGUCAGGACCGCUUUUCCUAAGGUUCUCCAGGCACGAAGUAGAAACCCAGUGGCCAGUUCCACAGGCUUCUUUGACUAGGGCUUCAAAAUAAUGUCUUCACACAGUGAUACCUUCUAGCGACUGGCCUAUUUUUAUUGAGAAAAGAAAAUGGUUCUAUUUUUGUUGUUACUGUUCUUAGGAAUUGCAUUCAUAUUUAAACCCUUUUGAUUGCUAACCAGAGUACCUCUAUUCUUGGCAAAUUCUGUACUUUAUUACAGGUGUUUAAAAUAGUUUAAACAAAACUGCAUUUCUUUAAUUAGCCUUAGAGUUGGGCUUCUAGUCACAUAUGUAUGGCUGCCAUCCUGUGAAGGAGAGUAUCUUAGAAUGACAAAAGCGGCAAGCAGAACGAUGACUGAAUAUGCAUUAUACAUUUUUCGUUCUCUGUGGUAUUGAGUCUUCCAAAUAGAACAUCCAUGUAGUUACCCAAAUGCGUUAUUUGUGGUGUUUUUAAUGCAGCACUUUGCUUCUGGUUUAUGUCCUGUCAGCGUGAACUGGAAUCUCUUCUGUAACUUUGUAGGUGAUAAACAUACCUCAUACUGCUUAGUCUGGGUACUGUGCUCUCAGUGUAUUUCAGCUUUCACACAGAUUGGGAAUAGACACAAGUGAAGCAUACAUAUUCAAAGGAUACGUGCAGGUUUGUGUCCAACAUUUCUUCAGGUCAGCUGAAAGUCACUCACUACUUCAAAGCAAAGAGGAAGUAAAUCCUAGCUGGAAGCACUUCAUAGCAUUUAUUAAUUAAUUACUGGGUUCGACUGCUCCUUUAAAAGUUAAAAAAAAAAAAAAGAAAAAAGAAAACCUUUUUCUUAGAAGUGAGGUUUCUAUAAAAGCCAAGCGUUGGACUUGAAGACUUAUUGUAAAGCAGUAUACCACUGUGCAGCCCAAAUGACCACCACAGCUAGCUAAACCACCAGCUUUGAAAUAGUGCUCUAGGCCCCAUGGAUUACAGUCUAGACUAAGGUCUAGGAAAGCUUACUUGGUGUAUUUUACGGGUUGCUUGUUUUCCAAAAGAUCUUUGCAAUGUCUAUAUCUAGUUAAAACUGGUCUAAUUUACUUUGAAUGUGAAAUCAGGUUAUGAUAAUUACUCUACUCUGAAAUUUACCUUGGGCUUAGUAUUAGGUCAAAGAUUUUCACUGUGUCCCAAAAGUAGGACUCUCUCCUCUGCACAUUAAGUAGUCACCUUUCAGGGUUCGAUUUUUGGUUGGCCAUCUGUUCAUCUCCACUACCAACUGAAGUUUCCAGAAAUGUGGUCAACUUCUUUCCUAAGUUAACAUACAUCUCAUAAAAAUGGAGAGAAUAAAGAGUUGUCUUUAGUUUGACAUUUUAGACAAUGUAGGUGGAAAUUAGAGAAAGACAUAGUUAACUUGAAGCUUCCAGGUAACAUAAGACUUUCAUCAUUACGUAGAUUCUGGGCAUUCUGGGCAGGUAUUUCUAGUCCCCACCCUCCUGAACGUUUACAGUACAGGCACUUUGGAGGUGUAGGAAGGCUGCAAAGACAAAGAUCUUACAAAGAAAUGCAAUUAGCAUUUUUGAUGUGCAAACAGUGACUCCUGUUUUCUAAGCCACAGGGUCCUGUGGGAGGUGUGAAGCCCACAGAAUAGUUAGCUGUCUUUGUUAGUGGGGUGUGGAGGAGCAGUAAAGCACGCCAGGCAGCUGGCCUUUGCACAGACGGUAAACACAGUGUAGGUGGCAAUAGGGGGCGAGAGGCACUAAGACCCAGGCCUGACAAUGUUCAGAUGUUCGCCCUAGCUACUUUGUUGGCUCUAGAACCUUGAAGCCAUGUCUCCAGAUUUGUUUUGUUUUGGGUUCCCCAUUUGUUUCAUCUGUGUCAUUGACAGGCAAGGAGACAUGUAUUCCUUCCAGGUAGUCUUGCAAGAGGGGCAAAAAGGCCUUGUGUUAAAUUGGUUUUAAUAGUUUUAAAAAGUUAAAAUAUCAAUUCGGUGUCUUGCUGAUGUCUUUAAUAUGCUGGAAACUACCAUAUAUGUUUCAAUUCAAGGUGUUUCCUGCUGGGGUUAGUAAGAAUAUUUAUAAAUUUAUAAUAAAUUUGUUUAUCUUCUUAAUAAAAUUAGUCUUGUACCAUAGGGUGACACAGAUUCCCAUACAUUAACUUUUUCAAGUUUACAAAGUCAAACAAAUCUGCCUCCAUUUGUGAAAAUUAUUUAAUACUUAUUAAUAAUAUUUUUUUCAGGAAACAUGUACACAAUUGGUAUGGCAUGUGACCAUUGAAAAUAAAUGAGUAGUUGAUCUGUAUUCAUAGUGUCCAUGAAAGAUGAAAUGAAUGUCUAUGAAGUAUAAUGUGCUAACACUUAUUCUUGAGAUAAUCCCAGCAUUCUUUAAAAAAAAAAAAAAGGAAGAGUGAAGAUGCAUUGUGGGUAGAACGUCUCAGAGAACAUGGAUUAAACGGAACUUGACAGUGUUGUUUUAAAAACACAAUUCUGUGUUUGGGAUUAUAUGUCCCUUAGUUUGUUGUGGCACAUGUGAAGUAUGGCGUGGCCAGACAGAUGUUAUAUCCUGGAAAGUCAUGUAUUUUACCUACCUCAAAACUGAAGCUGAGAGUUUGUUUCCCCUCCUGCCUCACAAAUCCUUCAGGAGGAUAAUAAAAUCUCCCUUGGUUUAUGAGCAAGCAAAGUUGACAAAGGGAUACACUAGUAGAUUCUCCUGAGACUUUUGUAAACAUUGUAGAGGCAACUGGCCAAUGAAGGCUGUGUUUUCAGUAAAAUCCCAUAUUCUAGCUGCUAAAUGCAGCCCCAGCUGUUAAAACAAACAUCCAUCCCAAAAGUGCACUGUUUACAUUUCCUGGACAUACAGAAAAUAUUUCUACUUAUCAAGAACUUAAGCUCCACAAAAGGCUUUGAGAAGUUACCCAACCCUUGAAAUCUGAAAACAUGAAUGGAAAAUUCUUAGGGGUUGUUCUUCUGUUCCUUUGGUAUCAUCUAGUAAUAAUAAAUGUUCUCAAAAUGGUGCUAGCAGUCACCGUGGCAACAGGGAGUCAUGACUAACUUCUGAGAAAUAACUUCAUAUCAUUUCCACUUUGCCCUAAACUAGUUCCUAAAUAAUCUGGAAGAGCAUUUCAGUACCUUUUGGAGAAAGAACUAUAAUUCAUGUUUAAAAGAGGAGGUAAUCAUCUUAGUCUCUGGUUAGUUUACGUGCCUGCUAUGUAAUAAAAAAUGAACUGUCAAAA